AUGGCCAUGAAGCAGGCUAAAUAUCAGUUCUUAUUUUCUUCUUCUGCUACCGUGCUACACCUAAGGAGGAGUGAACUGAAGCUACUUUCAUCGCCAUCUUUCCUGUCCAGCACUAGUUCUGCUCCUAUCUCUUCUUUACAUCAAGGUCAUCUCCGAUUGGUCCCAUCUGCAAGCCCUACAGAACAAGUACUAUUACCAGAUGAUUCUCAUUCAACAACUCCUAAUGGCACCAGCAGUAAUGGAAACAGAAACAAGGGAAGGAGGAGAAGCAGGAGAAAGAGCAAGGAGACAGCAAAAGAAGAAAAGGAACGUGUACCAUCUGCAGAAGAAGUGUCCAUCAGAAUGGCUGAGGCCUAUGAAAGUGGUGACCCCCUUGGGCGGAAGGAGCUGGGCCGGUGUGUGAUGCAAUGGCUAAAGCUGGGCAUGUGCUCAAUGGCCUCCACAUUUGCUUCCACGGAAGUGCAGAAUGAUGGAGCAGCAUUCUCAUUGGAUGGGGGGUCAUCUGAAGGCACCCUGGAGUUUAUGAUUCUGGCACAGCCUUACCUCGCUGCCACUCCCAUGCCCAAGGGACAUGAAGCUCUCUGCCUGAAAGCCUCCACCCACUACCCCACCCUCUUUGACCACUUCCAACGUGAACUCCGGGAGGUCUUGUUGAAACACCAGAACCAGGGCCUUAUUUCUGAUUGGCGCUCCACAGAAUCCUGGAUGCUUCUGAAAAAAUCAGCAAAGUCUGCCCAGCACCGACAAGGUGCCCGCAAACCUAAAGCUCCUGCGAUGCACAAUCUCCUUGGCAUAAGCCUCGACAAGACAAGGCUGAUGCAGACCAAAAUUGAAGACUUUGUCAAGAAAAUGUCAGACCUUCUAAACAUCGAGCGCGAUGCAGAGCUGGAAUUCACCCAGGAAGAGUUGAAUGCCACCCCAACAAUGGAUAGUGCAGCAAAGCAGCCACUCAAGCCAGUCGAGUAUUUGGUGAGUCAUGGUCAGGCAGAACAAGAGCAGUGUGACACUGUUUGCAAUUUGAAUGUUAUCAGUACCUCAACUGGCUUGGGAGGCCUACGUUUGGUUCUGUUUAGAGUGGAAGGUACCCAUAAACUGCCUCCAUCAACACUUUCCCCUGGGGACAUGGUUUGUGUGAGGACAUGCAAUAGCCAGGGCGAGGUUGGCACUUCUUGCGUGCAAGGCUUUAUACAUAAUCUUGGUGAGGAUGGCUGUAGUAUUACUGUUUCUUUGAAAUCCCGCCCUGGUGAUCCUACCUUCUCCAAGUUUUCUGGAAAAAGUGUGCGGAUCGACAGGAUACAAGCAUUGGCUGAUGGACUUACAUACGAGCGGAAUUGUGAAGCACUGAUACUUCUGCAGAGGAAAGGUUUGCAGAAAACAAAUGCUUGUAUUGGGGUAGUAGCCACUCUGUUUGGGGACAAGGAAGACAUGACGAUGCUGGAGCAGAGUAACCUGACUGAUUGGGGUGCAUCAGCAAUACAGGACAAUGGUUUACUGGGGAAGUAUAAGUAUGACUUCGAUGCCUCGCAGUCACAGGCUAUUGCACUAGGGUUGAACAAGAAAAGGCCUGUCCUAGUUAUCCAAGGGCCACCUGGUACAGGCAAGACUGGUUUGCUUAGUUAUCUCAUCGACUGUGCUGUCCGACAGGGUGAACGUGUUCUUGUAACAGCUCCAAGCAAUGCAGCAGUUGAUAACAUGGUGGAGAAAUUGUCAGGUACUGGGCUUAACAUUGUCCGAGUUGGAAAUCCUGCUAGGAUAUCCCCGUCCGUUUCAUCAAGGUCCUUGGGAGAGCUUGUGAAGAGGAGGCUUGCAAAGUUCACACAAGAGUUUCAGAGGAAAAAAUCUAACUUAAGAAAGGACCUAAAGCAGUGUAUACAGGACGAUUCUUUAGCUGCAGGAAUACGGCAACUACUGAAAAAACUUGGGAAGAACUUCAGAAAGAAGGAGAAUGAAAUAAUCAAGGAGGUACUUUCAAAUGCUGAUGUUGUCCUAUCAACUAAUAUAGGGGCAGCUGAUCCGCUUAUCAAGGAAAUUGGUUUUUUUGACCUCGUCAUUAUAGAUGAAGCUGGACAAGCAAUUGAACCCUCAUGCUGGAUCCCUAUACUACGGGGAAAGCGAUGCAUUCUUGCUGGUGAUCAACACCAACUUGCACCUGUAAUAUUAUCAAGGGAGGCUAUGCAAGGUGGCCUAGGGAUGUCUUUAUUGGAGAGGGCUUCAUCAUUGCACGAUGAACUACUGACUACAAAGUUAACAAUGCAAUACAGAAUGCACGAGUCAAUAGCCAAUUGGGCAUCGAACGAGAUGUAUUUUGGGUUGCUCAAAUCUUCAUCAUCCGUUGCUUCUCGCCUUCUUUUUGAUUAUCCAUCUAUCCAGGAAACUUGGAUAACUCGGUGUGCCUUGCUUUUACUUGACACCCGAAUGCCAUAUGGAAGCCUAAAUAUUGACUGCGAGGAGCAUUUAGACCUGGCUGGAACAGGCUCAUUUUAUAACAGCGGCGAGGCAGAUAUAGUUGCACAACAUGUCAUCAAUCUUGUACUGUGUGGGGUCUCUCCAACUUCCAUUGCUGUUCAGUCGCCUUACAUUGCUCAGGUACAACUUUUAAGAGAUAGACUAGAAGAAUAUCCAGAGGCUUUGGGUGUUGAGGUGUCAACCAUAGAUAGCUUCCAGGGGAGGGAGGCAGAUGCGGUGGUCAUAUCAAUGGUUCGGUCAAACUCCUUGGGAGCGGUAGGGUUCCUUGGCGACAACAGGCGCAUGAACGUAGCCAUUACCAGGGCACGGAGGCAUGUCGCACUUGUGUGCGAUAGUUCUACGAUUUGCAACAAUGAGUUCCUGGCCAGGCUCCUUCGCCAUAUCCGUCAGCAUGGCCAAGUAAGGCAUGUUGAACCUGGUUCCUACGGUGGUGAUUAUGGCCUUGGCUUCAGCCCACCUGCUUUGCCUUCCAUCAAUUAG